UUCUGCUCCCCACGUGCGUUUGGUCUGUGGAGACAACAUGGCAGCGAGCAGCGUAGAGGAGCUGUUAGCUAAAGCGGAGCAAGACGAAGCAGAAAAACUCAAAAGCAUCACCGUAAAGAAAGACCUAGAUUUGGAGUUUGACCUUGGUAACCUACUGGCAUAUGAUCCGAACCGCGUGGAGCUGCGCCAACAGAACAGAGAGGAGUUUCUCAAAGCGCUGGCCCGAGACAACACUCAGCUGCUAAUAAACGAGAUAUGGAAAAUACCAACGGAGAGGGUUGAGGAGGCGAUAGUGGCUAAACUACCCGACCCGACAACACCUUUGCCUAGAGAAAAGCCUCCACCUAAGCCCAAACCCCCGACGAAAUGGGAGCAGUUCGCCAAGCUGAAGGGGAUCCAGAAGAAAAAGAAGACCAAUCUGGUUUGGGAUGAAAAUGCUAAGGAAUGGAGGAGGCGAUGGGGCUAUAAAAGAGCCAAUGAUAACACUAAAGACUGGUUGAUUGAGGUGCCCGACACGGCCGACCCAAAUGAGGACCAGUUUGCCAAACGCGUAAAAGCCAAGAAGGAGCGCGUGGCCAAGAACGAGCUGAACAGGUUGAAGAACAUUGCCAGGGCCCAGAAGAUUAAGAUACCAGCAGCAGGACUGACUCCCAAAGCGCAACAAUCCAAAGAUGAGCUGGCUCUGGCUGUUAGUGUGGCCAAAACAUCCACAGCAUCCGUGGGCAGAUUUCAGGACCGACUACCCAAGGAAAAGGCCUCCAAAAAGAAAGGCGAGAAGAGGAAGUUUGAGCCUGUCAUUGGAGACUUUUCAAAUGAGAAACAGAAACAGCUGGACCUCCUUCAAAUUAUGGACAGCAAGAAGCCCAAGUUGGAUGUGACCAAAGCUGUCAAUAAGCAGAUGAGAGAGGAGGACAGAGAAGCGGCUGCUGCUAAAUAUAAGAGGGGAGCUGGGAAGAAAGGACGCAGGGGGGGCAUGCCAGGAAAAGGCAGGGGCCCAGGGGGCAAAGGUGGCAAAGGUGGUAAAGGUAAAGGGGGUAAAGCAGCAGCAGGAGGUGGGGGUGGGGGCAAGAGAAAAGGCAAACCUGGAAAGAAAUGAAUGUAGACUGACAUUAAUUCAGACUGCUUCUUUGUCACAUGGACUGUACAAAUAUAAGUUCACACAUGACUUUUCUGUCUUAUGAAUGAAAUCUAUAAUUGUAAAUACUGUCCCCAGCUUUUUGGUGAUAAUAAAUGUCUUUAGUACAUCUAA